UGCAAAUGAGCUUGUAUGCAUUGCUGUCAAAGGACUCUUCGCAGACUGCAUGUUCAUUCCCAGAGAGCGGAUUGCAAAUCCUCAUUUUCCAAACGUUCAGAGCUGAUGGAGUCAGUACAGUGGUUGGCCCUCAGUGCUUGAGACCUCCACCGAUCGAAACCUGCGGGUCUCCGACCCACCAAAGGAACUUACGUGCUGUCUUCGGAUUCUCGAAGACAGAAUAUCCUCUUCCUCCUCCUCCCCCAACGAUCAUUUUAACCACGUUGACCAUGAACCAGAGCUGGGAAAAUCGUGUCGGAAUCGCCUCUAGGAAAUGAAUUUCGUUUGACAAGUGCUGGUCGAUCGCAGUCUCCCGUGUGACUGUAGUGAGACAGAGAGAGAGAGAGAGAGGGGGGGGGGGGGGAAAUCUCGGCUAAAGCUUAAAGCUGGUGUCUGCAUCGCUCUCUUUAUAAUUCGUUUUGGAUUUAGGGAACUGAUAUUAUCACCUGGAAAAGACAAGCAUGCCUGUAACGGUCUGUGCCCUGCGCCCUAUUGGUCACUGAUCAAUGAUACCUGAUUGAUGUUAUGGGCAAGUCUGAGAGUCAAAUGGACAUGAUUGAAGCCAACCCAGAAAAAACGAAAAGGUCGUGCAAAUCAUGGAGCUCUCUGGAGAUUGGACUGACCACCAUUGUGGUUUUACUGUUCAUCGUGGUCAUUAGUUUGAUCGCGCUUUAUGCAACUCGCAAGGAUGAGACGUGUACCACGCCAGAAUGUGUAUCAGCAGCGGCCCGGAUUAUUGAGAGCAUGGACCCAGCGGUGGAUCCUUGUCAGAACUUUUACCAGUACGCCUGUGGGGGGUGGUUGAAGAAGCAUGUUAUCCCCGAGACCAGCUCUCGCUACAGUACCUUUGACAUUCUGAGGAAUGAGCUGGAUGUCGUCCUGAAAGAUGUCCUGGAGAAGCCAGGCGAUGGAGGUUCUGUCGCAAUUCAGAAAGCAAAGACGCUGUACAAGUCGUGCACGAAUCAGACGGCAAUUGAGAAGAAAGGCGGGGAGCCAUUGAUUACCAUGCUGGCUGAUUUGUUUGAGUGGCCUGUUGCAACCAAUGACUGGAAAAACAAUUAUGGUAAGACAUGGAAACUUGAGGAUGUCCUUUCGAAAAUGAAUGCCAAAUAUGGAAAACGGGUCCUCAUCGACUUUUUUGUUGGAACCGAUGACAAAAACUCAAAUGCCUACAUAAUCCAUAUUGAUCAGCCUAGCCUUGGAUUACCUUCCCGGGAUUACUUUGAGUGUACAGGAGCGUACAAAGAGGCAUGCGAAGCUUACUCUCUGUUCAUGCAGAAAGUAGUUAACUUAAUCCGAAAGGACAAAGGCCUGAAUGUGACUGAAUCUGAAGUCAAAAAGGAAAUGGAUAAGGUCCUGCAACUGGAAAAAGAGAUCGCCAAUGCUACAACCAAAACUGAAGAGAAUGAUCCUAACAAACUCUACAACAAGAUGCCUCUUUCCAAAGUGAUAAGUGACUAUCAAGUACACCUCAGUAACAGGCUGUUCGACUGGAUGGGUUUCAUCAACAAGAUCCUCUCUAAAGUAUCUCUGACUGUGACGGAAACAGAACAAGUUGUUGUUUAUGCACCUGAUUAUCUUAAGAAAUUAGGAGAUAUCCUCAAGAAAUAUAAUGACAGAGAGAUUCAAAACUACGUCAUAUGGAAACAAGCAAUGGAUUUCGUGGGAAGUCUGAGCUUGGCCUACAAGGACACAAGAGCAGCUUUUCGUAAGGCACUCUAUGGCACAACAUCGGAGAUCGCAGUUUGGAAAAAGUGUGCAAGUUUUGUCAACGGCAACAUGGACAAGGCAGUCGGACGACUCUAUGUGGAGGAAGCUUUUGCUGGGGAGAGCAAGCAAAUGGUUGAACACCUCAUUGAACAGAUCCGUGUGGUUUUCAUCGAAAACUUGCAUGAACUCAGUUGGAUGGACCAGCAAACCAAAGCAAAAGCAGAAGAAAAAGCUAAAGCAAUCAGGCAGAGAAUUGGAUACCCAUCAGACAUCAAGGACAAUGCCAAACUGGAUGCCGAAUAUAAAGACCUGAAUUUCGUCGUUGACGAAUACUUCAGCAACAUUCUUCAAAAUCUGCAGCAGGGACAAAUAAAGAACCUGAAAAAACUCAGAGAAAAAGUUGAAAAAGAAGCGUGGAUUUCGGGAGCUGCUGUGGUAAAUGCCUUCUACUCUUCAAGCAGAAAUCAGAUCGUUUUCCCAGCUGGUAUUCUGCAACCACCUUUCUUUGGUAAAGGACAACCAACUGCAUUGAACUUUGGUGCCAUUGGCAUGGUCAUUGGCCAUGAAAUCACUCAUGGAUUCGAUGACAAUGGUCGUAACUUUGACAAAGACGGCAACCUCUUGGAUUGGUGGACCAAAGAAUCUGCCUCAAAUUUCAAAAACCUUUCGCAGUGCAUGGUGUACAAGUAUGGGAACUUCACGUGGGAUCUGGCAGAUGGACAACAUCUCAGUGGUAUAAAUACCUUGGGAGAGAACAUUGCAGAUAACGGUGGCAUCAGGCAAGCCUACAAGGCUUAUAAAUCAUAUGUGAAAAAAACUGGGGAAGAUGGGCUGCUACCGGGGAUCAAACUGAACCAUGAUCAGCUCUUCUUCCUGAACUUUGCUCAGGUAUGGUGUGGAACAUACAGACCUGAAUAUGCUGUCAACUCCAUUAAAACCGAUGAGCACAGCCCCGGACAAUUCAGAGUUUUAGGGUCUCUCCAGAAUUUUGAAGAGUUCAGCAAUGCAUUUCACUGCAAGAAGAAUGAAUACAUGAAUCCUCAGAAGAAAUGCCGUGUUUGGUAACCAAACAGUUCUACUGUACUUCAAGCUGUGUGGAAUGUCUUUUGCUAGGAGUCAUUAAGUGGGUGAAACUUUGAACUGCAAUGAAUUACUUUGUACUCGGUAAUUUGAAUAGAUCAGAUCCCAUUUCUGCUGGUACCUCAUGUCAAUCAAAUUCCCCAAACCACUACUACUCAAAUAAUCCAACAAAAAACUCUGGAUUGGAAAAGAAAGAGUUACAAUGGUAAAUUUAGCAACUGUAUCAUAAGCAUUGGCGAUCUUAACAUUGUGUACAAUCCUACAUGAAGAGCUGUUUCGGUUCAUUAGCAAAAACACAGACUGAAAAAGAGGUUUGGAGAAAGUGAACCAUCACCACUUGUAUUUUAAUGCCUGACACUUGAUACUGUCCAAGAUUGUAAAUGUUUAUCAGACAGUGGGUGCACAGGUAAAUGAGUGGAGAUGAAUGCAGAUUGAACAAACCUAAAUUAAGACUAGGAGCCAGGGUGAGAAAUCAAUCAAUGCUGUGUUGCAUUCUGAAUUACAAGGAUAAAAUUAAUGGAUGAUCCUUUGAAAUGACAGAGAAGAUUUUCUUUUGAGUUUCUGGACUUUAUAGUGUUCCGAGGGAUCAGAGCCUUCUCGGGUGUGGCAACAGCUCAAGUCUUCUGAUCAGCGAUUGAAGUUUAUAGAACAUGACCUCAUGAUGGCUUUACCCAUUGGGAUUCUCCUCCCAGUACAAAUCGGGCUCUAGUCUGUUGAUAAGAAUAGGCUUGACAAGCCAGCUGGCAUUUUGUUACUCAACACAUUGCAUUCGUCCAAGAGUCGUCAAAUAUGAAGAUGGUGUUGUGUGCUUUAGUUAAUGAUAUAGAAAGAAAGACCUUGCACUUAAAUAAUGCCCAUGUGACCUCAAGACAUCCCAAAGUGCCUUACAGCCAAAGUGCAAUCAUUAUUGUAAAAUAGAGAAAUGAGGCAGUCAAUUUGUACACAGCAAGCUCCCACUACCGACAAUGAGGAGAUAAUUUGUUUCAAUGAUGUUGAUCCAGGAAAAAAUAUCAGUCCAGAUUCAAAAAUGUGAGACCACAAUCUAACUUUGAAAAGUGUUUGGAUGAAAAACACGAUGAUGCUGGAGGAA